UCACCCAGACCGCCGGAGAGGUUCUCUCCAAUUGGGCAGAGUGCGUCUGCCCGACGCAGGACGGCCGCCUCAUUGGUCCGCACAGUCGGGAUUCCGGCGUCUCUUCUCUUAGUGUUCGGGGCGCCGACCCACUUCUGUGUCUCCAACCCAGCGCUCUCUUCCCUCCGAAGUGCCCGCAGCUGCCAGCCCGAAGUCAUCCGGACUGAGCUAAGCCGGUUAAGUACACUGAGGCACCAUGACAACCCUGGAUGAUAAGCUGCUGGGGGAGAAGCUGCAGUAUUACUACAGCAGCAGUGAGGAUGAGGACAGCGACCGCGAGGACAAGGACAGAGGCAGGGGCACCCUGGCUGGCAGUUCGAUACCUGUAGAUGCUGAGUUGGCUGGCGAAGGCAUCUCAGUUAACACAGGUCCAAAAGGUGUGAUCAAUGACUGGCGCCGCUUCAAACAAUUAGAGACAGAGCAAAGGGAGGAACAGUGCCGGGAGAUGGAAAGGUUGAUCAAGAAGCUCUCAAUGACCUGCAGGUCCCAUCUGGACGAAGAGGAGGAGCAGCAGAAACAGAAGGACCUCCAGGAGAAGAUCAGUGGGAAGAUGACUCUGAAGGAGUUUGCCGUGACAAGUGAGGGCCAAGACGAUGAAGAGUUCCUCCAGCAGUACCGGAAGCAGAGAAUGGAAGAGAUGUGGCAGCAGCUUCACAGGGGGCCCCAAUUCAAGCAGGUUUUUGAGAUCGCCAGUGGAGAAGGGUUUCUAGACAUGAUUGAUAAAGAACAGAAAAACACCCUCAUCAUGGUCCAUAUUUAUGAGGACGGCAUUCCGGGGACUGAAGCCAUGAACGGUUGCAUGAUCUGCCUUGCUGCGGAGUACCCAGCCAUCAAAUUCUGCCGGGUGAAGAGCUCAGUGAUUGGGGCCAGCACUCGGUUCACCAGGAAUGCCCUUCCCACCCUGCUCAUCUACAAGGGGGGCGAACUGAUUGGCAACUUUGUUCGUGUCACUGACCAACUGGGGGAAGAUUUCUUUGCUGUGGACCUUGAAGCUUUUCUGCAGGAAUUUGGGUUGCUCCCAGAAAAGGAAGUCUUGGUGUUGGCGUCUGUGCGUAACUCCGCCACCUGUCACAGUGAGGACAGCGAUUUGGAAAUAGAUUGAACGGAUAGUGUGGUUGCAUAGAUUUCUCAUUGUUUGGGAGACACAUGGCUAUGUGUUUAUUUUUGUUGCUUCCUGUGUCUUGCUUUUCGGCUGUUCAUUGUAGUCCUUUUUAUUAAAUGUAAAGUCAAGAAAUUCUUAGAUUAAAUCAGAAUGCUGAAUCACCUUAUGACUAGCAAUGAAAUUACUUAGAAUUGUAUAAGCAGGAAGCUAGGCUUUGGGACUAUUUACUUAAGAUUCUCUAGCAUGACAUCUCUGUUAUUGUUUCUGGGCAAUAUUUACAUAGCAUCCUUAAAACAGUGUCCUGGAAAUUGUCUUCAGAGGAUCUCAGGGAGGUCUCUGCCAGGUCUGGGAGUGUAAUUCUAUAGUUAGUCUGUUAUUAGCAGCAUAAAUAGUACAUUUCCUUCAUCAAAUGAUUGCCAAUUAUAUUUACUUGUAAUCAGAUCUAUAGUCUUGGAAGGCAGUUAAUUUUUUUCCCCCUGACCCUGUUCUCCAGAGUCUUGUUGAAAGGUUCCAGACCAUAUGUGUUUGUCCCAUCAAGAGGGUGACAUCUGUUGCUGGAGUCAGUGUCCUGCUCAAACACUAUUAAAUCUAGAGUAGGAGAAACAAUCCAUGCUGCUGCCUUCUUGAUAGUCUCUCAGAAGACCAGCCUGACUUAAAAAAAAUAGGGAUAGGACUGGAAAGCAUAUUUACAAGGAGGAUCUUUCAAUAUGAUACACCUGCUCAUCUCUUUGUUGCUCGUUUAUUUAACAAGGUAACUUUUUGGUUUAAUGUAGCUCUGAAACCUUUUUUUUUUGCACAUUGGUAAAGUAGCUACUGUACAAUAGAGGAAAAUUUGCCAAAAUACAGAAGCAAAAAUAAGAAAGUUAGAAUAAUCUCUAAUCUUACCAUCUAGAGUAAAACACUAUUAAUAUUUUGGUGCAUUUCCUUCCAAGGUGAUUUCUUUGUAUACAUAGACAUUUUGUUUGUUUUUAAAUAACACAAUGGGAUCUUUCUGAGCAUACUGUUCUAUAGCAUGGUCAGCUAACGUGUCAAACUUUUUUUGCAUGUUAUUGAAGAGCCUACAACAUUUUAAAAGUGGCUCUUGAUAUUCCAUUGUAUAGACAUGCUGUAACUUGCUUGGUGCUUUUCUCUUAACAGCAAAGACUUUUUAUUACAAAGGUAGUAGAUGUCCAUUAUAGAAAAUGUACUAAACAUUGUUAAGUUAAAAACAGGCUUAAAAGCCCUAUAAUUCUACUGACCAAAAAUAAUCUUCAUUAUCAUUUUUACAGGUAUCUUUCCAGUCUUUUUUUUUUUUUUUCUAUUUCUGUUUAUAGUAAUGGUUGUCAUUUGAUUUUUUUCCUCUUGUUUUAUACUUCUAAAAAUGUGCGUUCUAGGGUCAGGGAAUAUGUAAUCUGGAAUUAAAAUGUUAGCUUUAAAUUCAGUUUUGCUUUUCCUGGUUAUUUGGGAAUUGACUGACUAGACAUAUCUUGAAAAUAUCUGUUGUAGUUAAUGAGCAAGUGGGUUUUUCUGAUUUAAAAAGCUCAUUGUAGAAAGUGUGUAAAGUACAGAAAAUUAUUAGAAGCAGAAAUAACUGUUGUCAGUGUUCUCAUUUAUUUCCUUCCAGUCUUUUUUCAAUAUUUGUAAUAGCUUUGAGAGCUUGGUGCUUUACUUCUGUGUUCUGUUUUAUUUAAUAUCAUAAAUACUUCAAUGGGUGAUAAACAUUCUGAAUAAAUGAUUUUUAGUGGC